UUUAUGAUUUUUUUAAAAUAAUCUGUGAUUAGUCUAUUAAAAUAAUCGUUCGAGGCAGCACUAAUUUCGUACCUUUUUUUAAAAAUUAUAUAUAUAUAAACGAUAAUCCUGUGCUGGUCCCCAGGUUUAUGUCAGGACCUAAAACUCUCUGUCAAUAUACUGCUUAAUGGGAUGUCCCAAAAGGGGAAAGCGGCUUUUAUUGAUGCUUUUUAGUUUUAUUUUUUGUCAAUGAAAUUCAUAAAAUUUUCAUUUUGUUAGAUUUUUUUACUCUAAAUUUGUAUUUUGUGAUGCAGUCCAGCACCACAUGUAUAGCCUGGUGUUAUGUUUGGAUCUGUCCCGGGUUAAAACAGGAGAAAAGGAACAUUUAGCCCUUCAGAAAGAGGCAGAGUUGAUCCUCCUCGUAUUGGAAGCGGUCAGACCAGUCCAGCACUCGUAACUACACGCUCGUUAACAGACGGGGAGAAGGGCGGUGGCCGGCGCGUGAAGGAUCAAAGCGUUUUUAAACGUUUUGUGGGCGGGGCUCCUACUGUAUUUACGCUGGGACCGCUCCGCCCUGCAACAAGACAUAGAAAAGUGUCUGUGGGUCGGAGGAGGAAUGGAACAAGUGGAAGGAGAUGCUGCCGACGGGCACACGUCAGUGACUCCGCCACGCGCUCUCCGUCGCCGCCUCGCGCUGUAGCAUCCAUCCAUCCUCCAUUCUGCGUAACAGGACGCGCCGCGGGUCGUUCACGCUGCUGCUGCGUCGGAGCUUCAUGGCCGCAACACUCACGAUGAGCGGCGGCGUGCAGGAGGACGUCUUCUACCCUCUGCAGAAGCCGACUCUGCCGGCCGGAUUCCCGCUGGAGGACUCGGCUUUGUUCGGCUUGGAUUGCAAGAUCCCCGACACGGAUAAAGCUGGACAUAAUGAGUACGCACAGGCAAAGUGUGAGAUGGACAGGUACCUUUCCCCUCAGCCCCCCCCCUUCCCAACACACGCCGACGCCCACCAGAAGCUGAACAGAGACGGUUCUGACCCGUUUUUCGCUGACGAUAACAGCGGUGUUCCCUACACCCUCAACAUGAAUCUUUACCUCCCUGACAUUGCUUACCUGAGGAUGGGUGUGAGUCAGCAGGUGCGCCCCCCUCACCAGAACCACGCCGGGCUGGCGCAAGUCAAGACGGAAGCCGCCUCCUCUUGCUUCUCCCCCAAUUUACAGCCUCACUGCCCCAACGCUGCCCCUACGAGCGGCUGCAGAGCAUCCCCCGGUAACGUUUCCAUGGAAACAUCCACCAUAAACAUGACGCUGACGGGUUUGCCAGACUUCACCAGUGUUUUCACCCAGUCGAGGGGCGGCCGGGGAGCUGAGUCGGCGCCCGAAGUGUUUGUCAAACAGGAAAUCCCGUCACAGUUUGACCUUCAUCACGACAACAGCAGCCCACUGUUCCAGCUCCUCAACUCAGGGUUGGAUCACCAGAACAAUGCCAUGGAGGUCCAUCAACAAAUACAGCAUAAUUCCACCACACCGGUUCACACGCCUUUCCACGAUCUGCCGGUUGCUUCCUCUACUUCCCAGCAAGAGCAGGCGGUUAAACCUGCCUACCACGGCAUGGCCAACGGGGUGUACUCGCAAUCUCACACCCAAGUCCAUCCUCAUUUCCUGCAACAGCAGGUGCCGUACCUGCCGCCCUCCCCGCCGAGCUCGGAGCCGGGCAGCCCCGACAGGCAGAAGGAGCUCCUCCACACCAUGUCUCCUCCCCCCUCGUACGCCGCCACCAUCGCCUCAAAGCUAGCAGGCGGCACUCCGGGACCCGGCAACCUGUCCAUGUCCCUCGCUUUAGGUCCCAAGCAGGUCCAAGUCCCCACAGCGUCCCCACUACAGAACCCCGUCCGCUACAACCGGAGGAACAACCCGGACUUGGAGAAGCGGCGGAUUCACCACUGUGAUUAUCCAGGCUGCAAGAAGGUCUACACCAAAUCGUCACACCUGAAAGCCCACCUCAGGACUCACACGGGUAAGAAGCCGUACCGCUGCACGUGGGACAGCUGCGACUGGCGCUUCGCUCGCUCCGACGAGCUGACCCGACACUACAGGAAACACACGGGCGCCAAACCCUUCCAGUGCGCCGUCUGCUCCCGCUCCUUCUCCCGAUCCGACCACCUCGCCCUGCACAUGAAGAGACACCAGAACUAGCACCGUUUUGCACACACCACUAACAAGCACUAUCCCGACUCACGUCAAGCACUCACUCAGUCUCCCCCCAGCCACGAUGUUGCAGAGCGUUGACGACACAGCUCCUCCUGGUGCUCGCUGAACAAUAUUUUGCAAGCCAGAGUCGGACAAUUAAACAAAACGAGGAGGAAAGAGACCAGAUUCUGGUCCGGAAAUCUUCAAAUGCUCUUGGCUUGGAUUUCUUUGGACAAAAAUAAAGGUAGCUUCUAAAUGUGUUUCCAGUCCAUAUGGACUCUUUUAUGUGACUGGAAUGUAAGCAUUUAAACACCCUCAUCUGUCAUUGUUGUAACAUAGAUUGUCUUCGAAACUAGCCAGACAAAUUCCAUGUUUACUUAAUAUUUUGUGUGUUUCUAUAACUGGAAAAUCCAGAUUCAAUUUUUAUUUUUUACUAAAUCCUUAGGUUUGCACUAGAAUCAAUCAUCUCUCAGCUUUUUUUUUGACCGUGCAACUCGAACGCCACUGGAAAUGUCAUAAUUACUGCAGGACCGGAUCGCCAAACUGUUCAGAUAUAAAAAUUUGAAGGCUUUUUAUUGUCUGGAGAUGCGAAAAGUAGAGUGAAAAUAAAUGGAGAAGUGUGGAGAGAGGGAUUUUAUUUGAUUUUAUUUUACAGGGUAGAUCUGCAGAGUCACAGAAAGAGUUGGACGGAUACUAAAGAGCAGCAAUUAAGUGAUGAAUUAUUUAGGUUGUCUUUUUGAUGGAUUUCCAUCCACAGAAUGCUUGGAGGACCCAUCGAAGUUAAGACAGAGUGGGUUGGAUUUGAUGCUUGAAUUAAGCCUUCAGAGUCGUAUUUCUGGACAAAUGUUUCACCCGGCGGUUUAUUUCCUUUAAAUGUUUUAACCAAAGUUUCAUCUGGAUCAUCACCACCUUAUUAAGUGCCUCCUUCUGUGGUUCGUGUGUUUCUUUUCUGUGGUGAAAGAGCUGCGAUUAGUGUUUUUUAGGCAGUUUGAAUCGCUCAUGGUGCUGUUUUUUUUCUUUUCCCUCCCUUUUUUUAAAAUUAAUCUCUGGAUUUGACAGUAAAACAAUAGUUUGAAGUUCAUUGUAGUGCAACUUCUCAGCUCUGGUCAUGUCACAAACAUCCAAAUGUUCUUUGUCUUUGAUUCUUUGAACAACUAAACUAGCAACUUGGCUCUAUCAGUCAAUCAAACAUGGACCAGUGCUCUGUUAAAGGACAAGUUCACUUCUUUUAAAUUUUCAGAACAUUUCCAAAACUUUGUAUUUUAAUUUAAAUACUAACAUGUAAAGUUCUCAGCUUAUUUUAUUUUUUAGCCUCAAAAACUUUUAUUUUUUUAUACAUAAAAAUACGCCUGCGCACUAAAGCGGAUCAAAAUUGUGUUCAUUGCAUUGGGUCUUAAUGUUAUUUUGUACAUAGGAAACACAAAAUAAAACGAUGGCGAAUCUGUCCUUUAACGUAUGUCUGAGUGUCCAUUUGAUGGUGUGAUUCAGCCUGCAACUAUAACUGUAUUCGUUCCUUCACUGCAGGUAGCAUAAAGAUAAUAUAGCACUGUAAUGUAUCUUGGUAAAUCUAUUUAUUUGAUUGUGCAGAUGUUGGGGUCGUAUUAAAUCAAACACCUUCCCCUCUUCAAAGAAAUAUGCCUUAAUGUAAAUAUAUGCACUGUAAAUAUAUUUUCUUUUUUUUAUUUUUUGUAAACAAAAGGGCAAAAAAAGAGGAAAUAAUGCCCUGCAUCAAAACAUAUUUGAGCCCUUUUCCCCCUCUUUGUUAUUCUAGUCCAAAUUGAUGCUAUUGUUUUAUACACUGUCCUUCCAGCAACUUAUUUUGUAGAUUGAUCUUUUUUUUUUUCCCUUCAUGGUAAACGUUCCAAAGACAAAAGUUGUUUUUUCUUCAACUGAGUGAAGCCAUUGCUAAUAAAGUCAACUGACACCUGAA